ACUGUUUUUUUGAGUCAAAAGCGCGAGCGGGACGUCUGGUUUUGUACAUACGGAAGCAUUGUAUAAACUAGUCGAUGUUUUAGAAUUAUGGGUGAUAAUAAAAGAGCAUCUUAUAGUCCGAUGAAUGCAGAACUUCUUCGUGAUGAGAAAGAGCCUUUGCGGGAGGCAGAUUUAUCUUCUAAGGAUAUGGUGUGGGUUCCUCAUGAACGAGAAGCAUUUGUCGCAGCUAUUAAGCUUCAAGAACAAGGAGAAAACGUUGUAGUACAGCUCGUAGAGUCAGGAAAGAAAUGUACGUUUCCUAAGGAUUAUGUUCAAAGAAUGAACCCUGCAAAAUACGACAAGAUAAAGGACAUGGCAAACCUAUCUUUUAUGAAUGAAGCAUCAGUCUUAAAUAACUUAAAAACGAGAUAUUAUUCAGGAAUGAUCUAUACAUACUCCGGAUUGUUUUGUGUGGUUGUUAACCCAUACAAACGAUUACCGAUCUAUGACGAAGAGAUAGUAGAGUGGUAUAAAGGAAAAAAGCGCCAUGAAAGACCACCACAUAUAUUCGCUAUUGCUGAUGGAGCUUACCGUAGCAUGCUUCAAGGUAAUCAUGUGUAAUUUGAGUUAUGUGUGUUACAGACCGUGAGGAUCAGUCGAUUUUGUGCACGUAAGUGUGUUGUUCAAUUUUACUGGAUCUUGUAGCGGUGAAUCAGGAUCUGGAAAGACCGAAAAUACGAAAAAGGUAAUACAAUACCUCGCAUGUGUUGCCACGUCUGCAAAACAUCAAAAAACAUCAGCCAAAAAUGUAAUGUCAAAGUUUAACGUAAGUACUUUUUCAACCUAUUCUGACAAAUUUGAUAUUUGGACACAUGCUUUAUAAACAUGAUAAUAAGUUAUUCCGUAUAGGCUCUUAAAUUUCUAUUUCCAAAACAUGUGGACCAGUUUUUCGUCAUAUCUCAUAUCUUAUUUGCCUUUUCUGAUCCCUAAUUUUAUGUAGUCGAAAUCUCAGCCGAUGUGUGUAAUAAAAAAGAUAACUUGCAAUCAUUCCAUGGUUUGAUUCACAUGCGGUUAUAGUUAUUUUUGAGCACCCAGAUCGUUUGCUAAACUCUAUAGACAUUUAGAUUUAUAUGUUUAGGUUCAUGCGACUCGUAUAACCCUCAACCACAAAUUUUUGUCUCAUAUCAGCGUCUAUUCAUCUAUUAUUUCGUAACUGGGAAAAGCAAAGUUGCAACUUAAUUGAGUAAACACAUGUAACGAGAACACUUUCGUUAAUCGAUAUCAACACCAAGGUUAGGAAUAGUAGUUUCGAAUAAAUUGAUACUGGGUAGAAAGUUAAUAAUGACAAUAUAAUUAUAUUAUUACUUCCAUUAAUAUGGUUUUCAACAUGUUCCUCAGUUUCUGAACUGUAAUAUUGCAUAGUUUUGCUCAAUAUCCACUGCCUAAUUUACCAGCAAUUCUGUUACAUGAUUUACAACUGAAUAAUGAGUUACAAUUAAUAAUAUGAUUGGACCCUGUUCAAAACUCGAUAGUAUUAUUUUAAUCUGGUUUUUAAUUUAAUUUUUAGACGAAAGAUUUCAGUAUUGUAAGUUUGCAGUUGCUUUAUGUACACGAUGAGUCUUUCACAAAUUCCUUGUGCACUUGAUUUUACUGUUUAUGAUGAAUGGUGAUCCUUAAAGGUUCUUUUUUUUCAAAAUUAUUUUUGAGAAUCCGUGUCACAGUGAUUACUGGUCAUUAACAUAAACCUGUUAUCUAAUUAUUUUUUAUUGGUGAAGGUUACGGUGUUUGAUACCUGUUUACAUUUCAUUUCACUUCUAUACAUUGUUUUCAUCUUACAGGGUGAACUUGAAGCACAACUUUUGAAGGCAAAUCCCAUUCUUGAAGCCUUUGGAAAUGCCAAAACAAUUAAAAAUGAUAAUUCUUCACGUUUUGUAAGUGAAUCAUUUCUUCAAAACAUUCUUUUCAAUUGGCCGGAAACCGCACCUAAUUUUAGGAUUUUGUCUUUUGUUGUAGAGCCACUAUUAUAAAUCAACGUAUAUGAUGAUUACGCUUAUUAUUUUAGUUAUAAAUGAUUGUAUUUUCCAAAUGUUGAACGAUGUCACUCACUGACAUGCAACCAGUUCUCGUUAUCGCUCCACUAUUAUGCACACUUUUUUGUGGUCUGUCAAAUUCUUGUUUUACACUCCUAUCCAUUUAUCAAUCGCCCCAUAUUUUCGAUCUAAUGCUUCUCCUAGAGGAAAACGUUUGCACGGUGAACUUAGUCCCAUCAACACAAAAUCUACUAUAUAUCGUUUGACAAAACAUGAGUAGUAAAAAUCCUUAAUUGCUGAUUAACCAAGCCCUUUCCUAUGAAUUAGCUAGCUCAUUAGCUCAAGUAAUUUAAUAAAAUACUUUUGGGUGAGAUAAACAGAAUUUGACCUAUUCGUAGAUAAGAAGUCUUCGUGCGUGAACCACUGAGUAAGAAAUACCUGGGUUAGAAAUAAAGUACUAGGUAGGGAUAGCAUUUCAAUUGAUUAAGUAGUGAAUCUUCAUCUACUGAGGUGUUUGGGACAUGUCACUUAUUCCUAACCAUCACCUUUCUCGACGGGCAGUGUCUGAUGUGGAAGUAAACUAUAAGAAAGCUAGGGGCGGCCAAGCCAAGAUAUGACAUGAAAUCAUCGACAGUUGGAGUGAGCCAUGUUAAUAGGUGUAAACUACCUGGUUGAGGUCUGCGUGAUUAUCGUAACCAAUGGUUAGAGUCCUUAAAUGACAUGGCUCAAAGUAGCUUGAAAUGGCUCAUGUGCAUCCAUUAUUUGUCUUCCCCCAAAUAUUGAGAUUCUAAAUUCUUCAUAGCGUUUUUUGUGUUUCUGUUUUACUAAUUUACAUUCACAUGAGUGCUUAAUUUAUUCUAUUGCCAUUCAUACUGCUACUACCUCAACUGUUGUGAGGUUCGGCCUGACAGUUUCACCUCUGCUGAUGGAGUAUGGCAUCUUGAAUUGACGUACAUACAUGACAGGUUUUACGUGGUGACUGAAUUUUUGUGUUUAUUAGUUUACUGGGUUACAAUAAGUGCAAGAAAAUCAUCUUAAUGUUACCACUUUAAGUGUUCGAUAAUUAUCUCAAUGACUUCUAUGCUACAAGUUAUGUUGUGGUCUUUUACUUUAUGUAUCAUUUUCCAUCUGAUAUUUAAAUAAAUAACUAAUAAUUUCUUUUUGUAGGGUAAAUUUAUUCGUAUUAAUUUUGACACAUCUGGAUUCAUUGCUGGAGCUAAUAUUGAAACAUGUAUCCCUUUUAUGAUUGGUUCUUGUGUACGUACGGCUUUUGCUUUUAAGUUUUUUUUCAUUCGGUCAAUUAAAUAAUGUAUUAUAAAUAUGGAACUUGUGUGUUUUAAUUUAAAUGUUAUGGUACACAUAAUAAAUCAAUUUAAACACAUGAUUGUCUUGAGGUUGCACCUUCAUUCAGACCCCUACAUAAUGUAAAUAAUCCCCCAUAUAUCUUGAGCUCCUGACAUCCAAAUCACAGAAAUUAUGCAUUACUUGUAUUUAUAGUUAGUCUAACAAAACACGUAUCCUCUCUGACCAUUGAUUCAGCAUUUCGUGGUUUUUUCGCUUAAGAAUAACGAAGAAAUCAACAUUGAUGGAAUAUAUACGUAGUUAAAAAAUAUAUGUAUCAAAGAAAAAAAUUAGACGACAAUCACUAAAAACUCUAAGUUUGAGGGAUAAAAAAUGAGUAUAUUUGUGUCAUUAGAAUUUAUUCCAAGCAAUCAUCUUGAGUUGUGAACCACAUAUCUAUGUUAUCUUUUUGAACCUGCGUGAGGUUACUUCGUUUCAUUAACUGGCGCCAUCUUCAUAUUUGACCGCUUUUUUAAUUUUUAUUUUAAAGUCAUAUGCGGAGAUUGUUAAUUCCUUAUCAUAGUAUAGAUCUUUUAGAGAAAGCUCGUGUUAUUCGUCAGGCAGUGGAUGAACGCAGCUUCCACAUAUUUUAUCAGCUUUUGGCAUCAGCUUCUCCAGCAAUGCAACAACAACUAUUAUUAAAUCAUGCUAGUGCUUAUCGUUUCCUUUCAAAUGGUAUGAUCGAACUUCCGGGGAUCGAUGAGCAACAGUUUUUCCGUGAAACAACUGAAGCCAUGGAUAUAAUGGGAAUUAAUAACGAAGAUCAAAAUGCCAUAUUCCGCGUGAUAUCUGCUGUGCUUCAUCUAGGAAACUUAGAAUUUCGUCAGGAACGAAGUUCUGACCAAGCAACUUUACCAGAUCAUUCAGUCGCUGAAAAGGUAUCCCAUCUUCUGGGUAUCCCUCUGAAUGAAAUGGUCAAAGCGUUUUUGAAACCGCGCAUCAAAGUUGGGAAAGAUCUGGUGUCAAAAGCUCAAACCAAAACGCAAGUGGAAUUCGCUGUUGAAGCUAUUUCAAAAUCUAUCUACGAAAGGCUCUUUCUUUGGUUAGUCGCACGAAUAAAUAAAACACUUGACAAAACUAGACGACCGGGUGCAUCAUUUGUCGGGAUUCUCGAUAUAGCUGGUUUCGAAAUCUUCCAAGUGAAUUCUUUUGAACAGCUAUGCAUCAAUUAUACGAAUGAGAAACUUCAACAACUUUUUAACCAUACAAUGUUUAUCUUAGAACAAGAUGAGUAUACUCGUGAAGGCAUACCAUGGGAAUUUAUAGACUUUGGACUUGAUUUGCAACCGACAAUCGAUCUAAUUGAACGACCUAUGGGUAUCUUCGCCUUGUUGGAUGAAGAAUGCUUCUUUCCUAAGGGAACUGACAAGUCGUUUGUUGAAAAACUCAUCAAAUCUCAGGAUAAACAUCCAAAACUGUGUAAAACUGAAUUUCGAUCUAAUGCUGAUUUCGGUGUUAUUCACUAUGCUGGUCGAGUUGAAUAUAAUUCAAAUCAAUGGCUAAUGAAAAAUAUGGAUCCACUCAACGAUAAUGUGGUCGCACUGCUUCAGGCAUCAAAUGAUCCAUUUGUUCAGGCUAUGUGGAAAGAUGCCGAAAUUGUAAGCAUGUCAGCCACUACUACGACCGACACCGCUUUCGGUUCUGCUCGUAGUGUUAGAAGGGGAAUGUUCCGUACUGUAAGUCAACUCUACAAAGAUUCACUUAUACGUUUGAUGACUGUAUUGAAAAAUACGUCUCCAAACUUUGUCCGUUGUAUCAUUCCAAAUCAUGAAAAAAAGCCAGGGCGAAUUGAUGGUCCUUUAGUUUUGGAACAACUUAGAUGUAAUGGUGUGCUGGAGGGCAUAAGGAUUUGUCGUCGUGGUUUCCCCUCGCGUAUCCUCUUCCAGGAAUUCAGGCAAAGAUAUGAAAUUUUAACUCCAAAUGUUAUCCCAAAGGGAUUUAUGGAUGGUCGUAAAGCCGUUACUGAGAUGUUGAAGGCUCUCGACUUAAGUCAAGACGUCUACUGCAUUGGUCAUAGUAAAAUAUUUUUCAAAGUUGGUGUCCUGGCUCAGUUAGAAGAAGACCGUGAUAUACACUUGACUAACUCGAUCAUUAAAUUCCAAGCAUAUGCUCGUGGUUAUCUAGCCCGACGAGCUAAGGAACAACGCAUACAAAACAUUCAAGCUAGCAAAAUAAUCCAAAGGAAUUGUGAUGCUUACCUUAAACUGAGAAAUUGGCCCUGGUGGCGUUUGUUUACAAAAGUUAGACCACUUCUUACUGUUACUCGCCAAGAAGAUUUGGUCGCUGUUAAAGAAGAAGAGCUUCGGAAGAUUCGUGAACAAAUGGAAAAAGUUGUCAGUGAGCUUAAUGAAAUGCAAAGAUCCUACGAAAAGUUAAGCAAUGAGAAAGUCCAGCUAAAUGCUGAAUUACAACAAGAACACGAUUCAAAUCAAAAUUUACAGACAGAGCGUGAUCGUCUACGCGAAAAAUUACAAACUUUAGAAGAAGACUAUAUGGAACUUGAGAAUAGAGAUAGUGAAGAAAAAUCAAAAUUACAUAACCUGGAAGCUGAACAAAAACGUCUGUUAGAACAGAUAUCAGAUUUAUCAGAUCAGUUAGAAUUGGAAGAACAACAACGCCAAAAAUUACAAGUUGAAAAGACAUCUAUCGAACAAAAAGUUUCUCAACUUAACGAUGGCUAUGUUAGCAUUGAAGAUAAAUAUAAUAAACUUGUUAAAGACAAAAAGCAGUUGACUGAUCGAAUAGAUUUGUUAACUAGUCAGUUAGCAGAAGAAGAAGAGCGUAGUAAACAAUUAACUAAACUUAAAAGUAAAUAUGAAAGUAACCUUAAUGAACUUCAGGAUAAACUUGUCCGUGAACAAAAAUCUCGUCAAGAUAUCGAAGUGGCAAAAAGACGACUUGAAACUGAGGCUUCCGAACGUCUAGAUCAAGCAUCGGAAUCGUCAAGGAUUGUUGAGGAGCUCCGAGCCACAGUGGCUAAACUUGAGGCAGAAGUUGCUCAAUUACAAAAUCGAUUAGAUGAAGAGAUUGUUGCCAAAGCUGUGGCACAAAAAUCAGUGCGAGAAUAUAAAUCACAUAUUCAAGAACUCAAAGAAGACUUAGAAGCUGAACGAAUGGCGCGUGACAAAGCUGAUGAAGCUAAAAGAGAUCUAACGGAAGAAGUGGAGGCGAUGAGAUUAGAACUCAUUGACAGUGGAACAAACAGCGAGGCACAAACUCAAGCUCUCCGAAAAUAUGAAUCUGAUUUAUCCAACCUACGUCAUCAGCUUGAAGCUCAGUCAAAUGCCCAUGAAGCUACUAUUCAAGAUAUGCGCAAAUCUCAUGCCGCAACUCUAGAAACAUUAAACGAUCAAAUUGAACAACUUAAAAAAAGUAAAGUUUCCUUAGAAAGAUCAAAAGUUCAACAAGAUUCAACAACUGAUGCAUUACAGAAACAAAUUCAAAGCCUUAAACAAGACAAAACGGAAAUUGACAAACGUCGUCGUCAAGUUGAACAGCAACUAAAUGAAAGUUUAGUCAAAAUGCAAGAAACAGAAAUGCAACGUAAUGAUUUAGAGUCCAGACUCACUAAAGCAUUGAAUGAAAUUGAAGGUUUGAAUAAUGCAAUGGAAGAAAUCGAAACUAAAUUAGGCAAGGUCUCGCGUUCUGAAACCUCUGCACAAUCUGAACUCAAUCAUUUACGUGCACGUUUGGAAGAAGAAACUCAGGCAAAAUUAAGCUUACAGUUACAGUUACGCCAAGUAGAGGAUGAAAGAGAAACAGUAAAGGAUUCACUGGAUGCUGAAGAACAAGCCAAAACUGCUCUAGAGAAACAUAUUAUAGCACUUACUACUCAGAUGCAAGAUGCAAAGAAAAAAGUGGAAGAAGAUACACAUUAUUUGGAAACCUUGGAAGAUGCUCGUAAAAAACUUCAACGCGAAUUGGAUGAUACUCGGAAUCGUAAUGAAGAACUUGUUUCACAAGUUGAAAAGUUAGAGAAGUCACGCAAGAAAUUACAAAGUGAACUUGAAGAUAUGAAUCAUGUCAUGGCUAGUCAACGAUCUGAUCAAGCUAAUAAUGAACGUCGAAUCAAGAAAUUAGAAUCAACUCAUGCAGAAACUGUUAAUCAACUUAAUAGUUUUCAGGCUCAAAAAGAUGCAUUUUAUCAAGAAAUGCUUGAAAAAGACACAAAAUUAUUCACACAAAAGAAUGAAAUGGAAAAGCUUAAAGAACAGCUAGAAGAGUCAGAACGCCAGCGUUCAUUACUCGCUCGUGAAUUAGAAGAACUUGGUUCUCAUGGGGAUGAUGCUGGUAAGAGUUUAGUAGGGUUGGAACAAACGAACUAUCGUCUAAAUGAACGAUUAAAAGAAACUCAACAACAAAUAGAAGAACUAGAAGAUGAGAUUUCGACAUUUACCAUGGAGAAACAACGUGCAGAGGUUCAAAUGAAUGCUGUUCGCACUCAACUGGAACGAGAAUUGGCGUCUCGCGAUGACUUGCUCGAAGAACAAAGACGUCAAUCUCUUAAACGUAUAAGAGAACUUGAAACUGAAUUAGAAGAAGAACAAAGAGAACGUGCUAGUCAUCUUAAUGUUCGCAAAAAAUUGGAAACUGAUCUUGCAGAUAUUAGUCAACGCUUUGAAUUAGCGAAUCGACAAAAAGAAGAAGCUGUGAAACAAUUGAAAAAAUACCAAGGUGUUACUGGUGGCAUUCAGCGUGAACUUGAAGAUGCUGCCCGUGCUCGUGAUCAAGCUAUAGAUUCUGCACGAGAAUUGGACAAGAAAUAUCGUAUGCUGGAUGCAGAUAAAGCUCGACUUCAAGAAGAUUUAGGUGUAAGUGAAAGAACUUGUCGUAAUCUAAAGAGUGAUUUAAAUGAAGCUUUGGAAGAGCUAUCUAUUGCAAAUAAUGCUAAAACUUUAGCACUGGAAGAAAAGAAGCGUUUAGAAGCUCGUAUUACUGCUUUAGAGGAUCAACUGGAAGAAAUACAAAGUGCUAUGGAUGCUACAGAAGAGCGCCAUAAACGAGUCUACUGUCAAAUGGAACAAGCUCAGACAGAUUUAAGCGUCGAGAAGAAUAACUUCCUACGUUCAGAGUGUCAGAGAAUCUCUCUUGAAAAACAGGUGAAAGAAUUACGCGAUAGGCUAGUUGAAGCUGAAAAAGAAGGAGGUCGUCGUGGUAAAGCUCAAAUUGCAACAUUAGAAGCUCGUUUGACAACCUUAGAUGAGCAACUAGAAGCAGAAAAACUAGAGAAGUUAAAUGCAAAUAAAAAUUUCCGCAGAGCUGAAAAGAAAUGCAAAGAUCUAAUCCUCCAAAAUGAUGAUUUGAGACGAUGUGCAGAAGCGUUGAAGGAAUCUUUUGAAAAAGCUCAAUCUUCAUGUAAACAAAAUAAACGAGAAAUAGCAGGUCUUGAAGAAGAGAACGCCAGAAUCAAUGCAAGAUGUCGCCGCCUCCAAAGAGAUUUGGAAGAAGUAAUGGAAGCUAAACGAACCAUUGAACGAGAUCUACAAAAUCUUCGUAAACUUAGUCGAAGUACGACUCGUCCAAAUCGUCAAUUGCCGACAGUACUUUCAACACUUUCACCUGAUGUUACAGUAGAUGAACAUAAUUCAGUGAGUGAAUUGGAUUCUAUGACUAGUGAUUUUGGAAGCGGUGGAUCAGUUGCUACUCACAACAAUAAUAAUAAUAAUGCUUCUACGCCUUCAGCUAAUGAAAAUUGAAUUUUUUUUCUAUUAUCUACAAACUAUUAUUAUUAUUAUCACAAAAUAUCACUGGGAAAGUCUUGUUUUACUUUCCUAUUUUUAACCUAUUUUGGGCAACUCAUAGUACACAAAUAUGCUGUUACACAACUUGCACGAACAGCUAUACACUUUAUCUAUGGUAUACUACUAUUAUGGCUGGUGUGUUAUUUUUCUCAUCACUACAUCACAACUUCCAAAGCCAACCUGAGUUUACUCCGCGUACAUAUAUAUACGUUAAUGUGUAUGGCGGUUGUUCCAAUUCUCUAUUAACUAACACUACAAGUAUUAUUAUCUUGAUAAUCAUGGUUGCUUUAUGUAUCGGAAGAAUUUUCAUUCCUUUACACUAAGGUGCGUCUCUAAAACUUCGAACCUUGGUGUUUUCAAACCUCCGAUUUUUUUUAACAAAAUAGAAAUAAACUUUUUCUAACUUUGUUGGUUUUUUAAUGAUUCUGAUUGGAUUUUUAUAAAAAAGUUUUGCCCUUUGCUCCAUUUGUAAAUCAAUGUUAAAACUAACAACAUAUUUGUUAUUGCUUGUUUAAUUAUGAUAUAUAUUUCAGCCAUUAUCAGCAGUCAAAUACAUCACUCUAAAUAUGGCACUUAUUACUUUUCUUAAGAUAUGUUCUUUCCUUUUUGUUCUACAAAUAUUGCGUCCAACCGUCAACAGUUAGAAUUGUUGAAAUUUAUGCUAUCUGCCGCCUUCUCUGCAAACAAAACUAAUUUAAAAUUGAUAUGAUGUUUUCUAUCUUGAGAUGCGUUUUUAAAAAAAAAUUAUACUUGCACAACCU